AGUCAAGUCUCUUUCACAAGCUACUACUAGUAGAACGCGGCGUUCCUCGGCUUAGAAAAACAGCUUUCGUUUUUCCGCAUCAUGAGGUCGCGUGGCGUGCCUGUCAGCCUGUGGACGAAGCUGACGUGGCCCAACCACGCGCUCAUCCCCCGCAGCACGAUCGCCCUCGCCGUAGUCUCGCUCUUCCUCACCUGCAUCGCCCUCAGCGCGUCCCUCCUCGCCUCCACCUUCAUCCGCUCCGCCCCGCCUCCAGUCUCGGCGAGGAAAAAUCAAGCCAUGAUCGCACGCCAUGCGACUGCUCCCGACGUGCAGCGUCAUGGCGCCAAGUCCUCCCCCAGGGGCGCUGAAGGCUUCUCUCGUGGUUCGGUCAUUGGCCAGGUUGAAGGGGGCCGUGGUGUGUCGGGCCCGGAUGUUAAAACUGAUGUGUCUGAUCCCAACGUGACGUCCCUCCACGAGACGCCGGGUAUGGCGAUUCUUGGAGGCUUGGACGGUUCAGGGGUGGGGAUCGUCUCUGGAGCGGCUAACUUGAAGACUUCUGGGGCAGUGGAAAAGAUUCCUUUCACGUGGUACGAGUGGGUACUGGGGGCUCUCUCGAGCCCUCUGGUUGCUUUCAGCAACCUGAAUGCGCCGUACCCCGCCAAGUGGAAUAUUGAGCAGUCGGGCCACGGCAAUUCGGCGGCGCGAAAGGAAGGCCGAGAGAUGAGCGCGGUUGAUGGCGCUCACGGCAGUGGCUAUGUCGGUGUCUUGGGGGAGGAACCAGAAGCCCAGGAGGAGGCGGCAUUGGAGAACGGGGAUGGGAAGGCGGAGGAGGGGAAGGCGGAGCAGAGGAAGGUGGAGCAGGGGAAUGCGGAGCAGGGGGAGGUGGAUGAAGAUGGAGAGGAGCAGGGGGAGACCAAGCUGUGGCACGUCAUGUUCAACAUCGCAUCGUCUCGAGCCACCUUUCCCCACCGCCGCACCUACCUGCGCUCCUGGUGGCGCUCGGGGGGUGGGGUCCGCGGCUAUGUGUGGGUGGAUGACGUGGCAGCGGUCCCGCAUGACGUGGCGGCGGACCCGCCCCUCAAGGCCAGCAGCGGCACGAGCCACCUCAGCUAUAGAGGCACGGGGCUGCGGGAAUACCUGCGACUGGCCAGGAUUGUGAUUGAUGCUUACAGGCUUGGGGAGAAAGGCGUGCGAUGGUACGUAAUGGGCGACGAUGACACCUACUUCAGCCCGCACGCUCUAGCUGCCUUCCUGCAGCAGUACGACCACCGCACGCCGCUCUACCUGGGAGCGCCCUCCGAGACCCACUACCAGAAUGUGGCCAUCUCGCACGGCAUGGCGUUCGGUGGGGGCGGGUUUGCGAUCUCGGCUGCGCUGGCGAGGAUGCUGAGUGAUAAUGGGGCCAUGGACGCGUGCUUGGAGCGGCACGCGGCUCUGUGGGGGAGCGACGAGCGGGUUGCUAACUGCGCUGGCGAGCUAGGGGUUUCCCUCACCCCCACAACCGGGUUUCAUCAAAUAGACCUCGGAGGAAGCCUCUUCGGACUCCUCAUGGCGCACCCCCUGCGGCCGCUGCUCUCCCUGCACCACCUUGACUUCGUUGACCCCCUCCUGCUGCCAGCUGGCGUUGCUGACCGGGCAGAGGGGCUGGCCACGCUGGCGGAGAGGAUACGGCCGGACCCAGUGGGGUUCGCACAGCUGGCAGUGUGUGGCGAUGGCGCUCACUGGACAGCCGCCAUAUCGUGGGGUUUCGCCAUCAAGAUCUACCCCGGGGCCCGGCUGCUGUCGGACCUGGUGAGGGCGGAGCGCACCUUCUAUUCCUUUGUGGGGAGUGCGGACCCCACAGCUUUCACCUUUGACACCAGGUUGCCAGAGGAUGAUGCUCCCCCGCAUGAGUUAUGCAGCCUACCCUUUACAAUGUAUGCAUCCCAUGUAGGCCAAAUUGUCACCAACACUUCCAGCCCCACCGAGGUGCAGCGCCUCAAUAUGGGUUCUCCCAAAGAGUCAAACGCUGGUGUGGUUAGUGUGUACAAUCGUACAUCGUUUUUACGCCGCCUCGACCGCUCCCAUUGCCCGCUUUCUAUAUCCAAGGUGAUGUCAGCACGCAUCAUUAGACCACAUGGUCCUAUGAGGAUGGGUAAUGUCCAUAAGUUUCUGGGAUGGUCAGGACCUAACUUGAGGAGGCAAAGAUGCGCCAGGGUAGAGCUGGAUGGUGAUAAGAAGAUGGAUGGUUUGACUUUGACUGUUUGGUUAGAAGAUGUUUAGUUCACUUCGGGUGUACUGCAUGUAACUUUGACAU